CUCGUCCGGCACUGGGACAAGCUCACCGACCAGAACAGCUUCCGAUCCGUCCAUGACAUACCCGGCACUCUGACCACAACAAUGGGGAGACGGCCGAAUGCGCUCAUCUUGCAGUAUUUCGAACGAGGUCCGAAACUGCAGGAUCAAAGCAAUCGCUACCCCCACACCUGCAAAGCAUGCGGAGAACAUUUCCCACGCGGCCGACUCGACAGCCUGACGAGCCAUCUGACAAAGAAAUGUCCUGCCAUUUCCGAGUCGGAACGAGUCAGCGCUCUCCUGGCCCUGUCUGGCAUGAGCCAUGCGCAGCAGCGCUUUCAACAGAGUCAGCAGGCCCAAGCGCGUGCCCAAACGAACGGGUCGGCGGUUGAUUUGCCGAUGAUGCAGCGCGACUGGACCGCCCUCGGAGUUCUUGCCGAAGUAUCGCGACAAAUCGAUCUGAACGAGAAAAACGACGACCGCGGUCAGCCCAAUGGCACUGCCCCCUCUGGCCCCUCGCCGCCCGCUGGGCAGUCUACAGAGCGUUUCGAGCUGCAAGACCAGUUUAUUAUCGAGAAUCCCCCGUUGCACCAGGAGAGUAGCACGUCCCAGCCGCCAAAGUCUGAGCCCCGGCCGGAAGAGGCAGACCGCGCGCCCACUGCCGAAGAGCGUCUUCAAGAAAUUCUACGGGCUGAAGAUGCGCAAUCAUCCGAGUCUGCGAAUAUCAGCAUGGCCGCCGCCGCCACCGCUCGCCUGCAUCCUCCGUAUCUCGACCCUGAGAUACUGGGCGAAGAAGCCGCAGCGGCAGCCGAAGCUGCUACUGCGACUGCUAAUGCUGCUGCUGCUGCUGCUGCCGCCGCCGCCGCCGCCGCGGCUGCGGUCAACACCCUUCCGGUCGCGGAUAUGAGCGGGACAGAGGAGUCUGCCCCGGGCCCAAGCACUCCUGGGAUGGCAGCUCCGGCGAUGCCAACACCAAGCGCGCCACCGCCUUGGGGCGAGAUCACAUAUGCGACUGAUACUUUCCAGACCCCCGUUACACAUAACAGUCCCAUGCAAACUACAUCAGCCACUCCUGGCAAGGGAGUCUUCCGCCUCGACGGCGGCCCGAAUGGUGCCAAGUCUCGCCACUCAAGGGCCCGGUUCAAUGCGACGAGAAGAAAAGAAGUCCAAGAGGUCCGGAAGAUUGGCGCCUGCAUUCGGUGCCGAGUCCUCAGAAAGACCUGCUCUCAAGGCUCACCCUGUGAUACCUGCCGAAAAGUCUUGUCUCCCCGAGUAUGGCGCUCCGGAUGCGUCCGCACAAGAUUCUCGGAGCAGUUAGACCUGUACUCUGCAGGCGUUCAAAUUGUGCUUGCCCAAGCGAGAGUCAAUUCCAUCAAACAAUCCAUGAACCUUGGCAGCCACGGUGUUGUGAUUGAGGCCUCACACUUCCCCGAAUGCGGCCCUCGUCUCCAGCUUCAAGUGCUGCAGCGCGACCCCGACCGGGACGCCGAGGGGAAACCUAUCGAUCCGAGUAUCGUGGACGACAGGACGUCGACUUAUCCCAUUGUCAUGCUCGAUAAUGACAACCAGGAUGUCCCAGCCAAGGUUGAGGCGUACAUGCGCGAGAUCUUGCCCGAAAUGAUUCAGCGAGAGCCUUCUCACUUCAUGCAAGUCACGCUGCAAACCGCAGCCGACGUCGCCAGCAAGACAAACGACGAACUGCUCAAGAAGUCGCUUGAGCUCUGGGGCCUUGUAGAGAUAUUGGACCGUGAGCGCCAGUGGACCAUCAGCGCCAAAACCUGGGCCGAAGACGCCCCGGCCAGGACGAUCAAGGAAGACACGGAUGGGGAGCUCUUCAAUACGAUCUGCCUCCAGCUCGCUGCCGCAGCCGAGAGGAAGGCCGCAUCCACCAGCAAGACGCUCCUCACCGGUAUGCAGCGCGUCCUGCAAGACAGCAAGGUCAAGAUCGAUUUCAACAUGUACUUUGCCGUCCUGAUUCUCUUAAACUGCGUCGAGAAGUCCAGCUGGGCCUUCAAAGCCUGGGAGCAGGAAAACUUGCGGCACCUGUGGCCGCUCGAAAAGGAGCCCGUCAGCUUCGCGCAGCAGGGUUAUGUCAUCGCUAACCUUCUGCAUAUGCUCCUGGGCAUUCGCAAGGCGCUUCCCCGGACGACGCGCCGCGAGGUCGACGGGAAGUUAGUCACCGAAGAGGAGAACCCGGCAAUCCGUGAGUACUUUGAGGCCAUCAACCUCGACUUUGCCAAUGUCAAGGCAAAGCAAGAGCGCCCUACCUUUUCGCCCACCGAUUCCCGCUCGUUCGAGCUCCUCUUCUGCUCGACUCUUCUUCUACCUCACUCGGACCCUUGAUGGUUUCCGCCCCCGUUGGCAACGAUCUGGGGAACCCAAAUCCAUGAGGUUUUCCGGCGCCGGAUGGCCUUGAGGUGCAGUAACAAUUGGCUUUGACUAAUGACAUGAUGCGCUCUUCGCCUUCCAAGUGACAGGUUGAGCGGGCAGUGUUGGUUGGCAAUUUGUCGGGAACACACUCUGUCUGGAGCAUAGAGGGAUAC